AUGGCGGCCGAGCGACUACACCCAACUUGGAGAGCCGGAAUUCCCGACCCGAUGGAUGGAAUCUGGAGACGCUUUGAUUUCUCAACACCUGCAGAAGCCUCAGGGAGCGGUGCAAGAAACCCCUCGGCUCCUCCGAUGUUUCGUCCCCUCGACGAACAGACUCCCGCGGCAACCCGAGUCAACAUGACCGAGCCGCCCCCUCUCCGCCGGAACUCAAGGCGACGAGCCGGCGAAGAAGUUGCAAAAACUCUCGAACUCAAAGAGUUGCAAGCCUCGAUGGCUCGGAUAGUAGCUGAAAUACGCACCAUGAAGUCCCAAGUGCACAACGCAACAAGCGCCGUGCCCGAAAUCGACCGAAUGCUUGAAGAAACUAAGAGAACUCCAUUCACGGCAAGAAUCACGGAGGCAAGGAUUCCCGAGCCCGGGAAAGUGAGAAUCCCGUUCUAUGAAGGAACAACCGAUCCGAAAGCACACAUCACAGCGUUUCGGAUAGCAAUGGGACGAGCCUUCACAAAGAACGCCGCUAAACUGACCGAACGGGAAGUAGAUGCCGGAUACUGCCUGCUCUUCGUGGAUCAUCUUAAGGGGGCCGCACUCGAGUGGUUUUCAAGACAGGAACGCAAUUCAAUCGGCAGUUUUCAACAGCUCUCCGCCUUAUUCCUUAAACAAUACUCGAUGUUUAUGGAUAGAGGAACAUCCGAUGCCGACCUGUGGACACUAUCCCAAGGACCGAACGAACCGCUUUGGGAUUACAUGCCAAGAUUCAAGGCAGUCGGCAACCCAUCGAACAACACAACAAUGCAGAGCUCGGAUGAACCUAGAAGCGGAGGUGCCCAUAACUAUCAGGUAGGCACCGGACGCGGAAGAGGAGAGCCGCACAACAGCACUUGGGUGAGAAAGUCCGCCAACUACGACGAGAAGGCUUUCUGUGAGUAUCACCAGACCUACGGGCACUCAACAGCACAAUGCCGAACUCUAGGAGCAAAACUCGCGGCUAAGAUGGCAGCGGGAGAGCUCCAAAACGCGGUCAAUCUCAAAGACCUUGUCCCUAGUGAACCACAAGAAAGAGCUGAGCCGAGCGGCGCGGCGGAACCCGCGACUCCGCUGAAGAUGGUUAUGAUGUGA